ACCCGACUGCGUAAAAAACACGAAAAAAAACAACACGAAAAAAAUACGAUUUUAACAAAGUUUUAAAAGAACAUGAAUCAAUUACAAUUUAACGGAAAAACUUCAACUAAACGUCCUAACUCUUCUGCUUCUUCUUAUGGAGCUGAAGCUCAAAAGAAAACGCGUUUAGUUUCACGAAAACCGCGUUUAAUUUUACCUAAACCAGUUCUUACUGAACCACAACCACAAAAUAUCAUUCUUCAACCUCAACAGCAACAGCAAAGUGUUCUUUCUGAACCUCCUCAGCAGCACCAGCAGCAAAGUCAGCUUCAAAAGCAAAAGCAACGUAUCUUUCCUUCUCAACAUCCUCCUUUUCAAGAGCAAUAUCAAAUACCUCAUUUGUCUUCCACUUUAAUGAUUAGAAAUGAUGAUAAAAUUUCUCAACCUAAAAAGACAAGUAUUUCUAAACAAUCUAAGAAAAAAGAUGACGAUGACAAAGAUCAAGAACCUAUCGAAAAAUCUGGUUGGAAGAAUAGUGAAAUUGAGAUUUUACUUGAUUAUCUUCAAGAAAAUUUCACAUCUUGGUCUAAAGGAAAUAAAACUAAAUUUUAUAAUAAUAUGGUAAAGAAUAUUUUACCAAAUAAAGAUGCAAUUGCAAUAAAAAAUAAAAUUGCACACUUAAUAAGAAAAUACGAAAGUGUGAAGAAGUAUAAUAAUCAAUCUGAAGUGGAACGUAAAGAUUGGGAAUGGUAUGAUAUGCUAGAUAUAAUUUUUGAAACACGUGAAAAUAUAUCACCUUCAUUUUUGGCUAAUAAUAAUAAGUCAACAGAUAUUAUCGAAACUAAAAAGGUAAAUAAUAAAAAACAAAAGAACAAAAAUAAUUAUGAAGUUAUGACUGAAGCAAUAACUGAAAUGAAUCAAACACGUGAAAAAAUUUGGGAGCAGAAAAUGAUGUUAGAAAGGAAAAAUUAGAUAAAAGUUAUGAGUUAACAAGAAAGAUUGGCAUAUAAAAGAGAGCGUAAAAGGUAAGAAUGAAAAUGGAAUUUGAUUUAAAGGGGAAGGGAUUAGAGAUUAAUGUAAUAUGUUAGUUUUUAGUUUUAUAAUAUAAUAAAAUCUUUUUCAUUUCUCCUGCUCUUUUU